GUUUCCAUAGUGCUUCUGCGACCUGCUGAGUGAGUUGAUUCUUCAACUUCUGACUCACGUCUUUCGGCGACACAAAUCCCAGGACGUGUGAGCGUUUUAACUCAGUAUUUAUUCCACUUGUUGCUUUCAGGAUCUUUUUUUGACCAUGUGAAUUUAACAUUAUGAAGCACCUGCCAAGGCUGACUGAUAAUAAUGGGAUAUGAAGCAGUGGGAAUCUCCGUCUGGAUGUAUGUUUGAAUUUGUCCUCGCUUUCUUUCACUGGCAACAAUGAACUGCUUCAGUCAAAAGCUGAGGCGCACAGCUCCCAUGCGAGGCAACAGCAGAAACGAGCUGGUCCCCUCAAAGCCUCCCCGGGUGAACGGAUGGUCGUGGCCCCCUCAGGCUGUCCAAGUGGCCGGCUGGCUGGUUUACGGCUAUUUCGCCAUAGUCAGCUUUGGCAUCUACAUCCCUCUUCUGCCUUCACCGUGGAACCAUGUGCUCUACGCUCUGACAGGGAUAACCUUCAUCCUACACUUCAUCACACAUCUUGCCACUCUGACUAUAGACCCUGCAGAUGCCAGUGUGAGAGCCAAACACAGUUAUUCCAGGCCAAUGCCGCUUUUUGACCGAGCGAAGCAACCACAUGUGAUCCAGGACCUGCACUGCUAUCUGUGCGACGUUAAGGUUGGCCCCAAAGUGAAACACUGUGGAGUUUGCAACAAGUGUGUGGAAGACUUUGACCACCAUUGUAAAUGGCUCAACACCUGUGUGGGUGGCAGAAACUACAGGUUCUUCUUUGUGGCAUUGUUCUCUGCAACACUAGGGGCCUUCCUGCUUGUUGUUGUCAUUUUAUUUAUAUUUAUUCAGCAUUACCUGGAUCCAAAUAACCUAAGGACUGCUCCGCAGUUUGACAAUAUGUUGGGGAACAGUACCUGGCUGAUGUUUUUACCUUUAGCGCCCACAAAAACAAGUUCAGCAGGUCUUCUUAUUUUAGCCUUUAUAACUAUAAUGCUUAGCUUCACCUGCCUGCUCCUCUUCGUCCACCUGCUUGGCUUCCACUUCCACCUCUUUUAUAAAGGUAUAAGCACAUACGAAUAUGUGAAGAUGCAGCGGCAAAAAGAAGCCAGAAACCGAGACACUGAAGCAGGGAAUCCACAUGAUGCAAAGAUCAGAGAUAAGACUGCACAGAAUCCAGCAAGUUCAAUUGACUGUGAACCAGCAUUAUCACAUAAUUCAAGAGGCCAACUCGCCAGCCGUCUGUCAGAGUCCAUAUGCACAGAGUUGGGAAACUUUAAGAAAGCAUCAGAAAAGGAGAGCAGCCUUCAUUAUGGGACAGAAAAUGAAACUGAGAAAACAACAAGAAGGGAAAUGUCUUUGAAUGACAUGAGAGGAUGGAGGCCUGAUGCUGAUGAGGAGGCUCAGAGCGUCAGUGUGAAGUCUGUGGACGAUGUCCCUGUCGUGCAGGAUCCUCUGGGCAGCUCAGUGAUGACUCCAGAUCAAACAUAACUCUACCUGUGUGGUGAUGCGUCAGGAUAUUCUGCCUUGUGGACCUAUUCAUUACAAUAUUUAUGUGAAGUACUCUUCAUGAAGUGACCCACACAACCAUUGUUUUAGAAGGAUGGAAGAUGUUUUGGACUUGGCACACCAUGGACAUUGUUAUGCUGUCAGAAUGACUGUGAAGCCAUCAUUGUGUUUUAUUUCUUUUUAUCUACACUACCUGUUUUUAUGACUACGGUUAACUUAUUUGAAAUGUUGUUUUAUCUCACUGAUUUGUAUAAAGAGACAAUAGUCUGGCCCCACUUCAGGUCAGCCUUUGCUUUAUUGGCCUGCGAUACAUGGAUGGACAUAGAUUGAGUUUAGCUUCUUUCCAAAGAGCUGAAACAUGUUACUGAACUUUACUUUACAUUUUUAGCCAAAUGUUUAUCUAGUGUACUGAUGGAAAUGUGUUAACUUCUUGUCGUGUUACCUCAUGAGCAAAGCCAGGACCUUUUGAGGAUAAGUGCCUUGUGGUGAUAGAAGUGUAUCAGAUACAGCUCUCUCUAUCCCUGUUUUAUGAACUGUUGUUUUUACAAAGCUGACAGUGUUCAGCGACUGUUUUAGGGACAUUUUAAAGUAAAGAAUAGAAAUGUA